AUGACUUCUCAGGUCUUCUCUCUUCCGGAAUCUGACCUUCGCCGUGCUGCUACCCAGUCCAAACGUGUUCGCGAUCAUAACGAAAAGUGGGCUUUAGGUUUCCGAGACCCCAAAUUGAAUCCACUGGGACUCGAAAUUCGAAAUCCUGGCUAUACCCGGAUCCGUCCCAUGCCAUCUCAGAGCAGCAAGGCUUGCAAGAGCCUUCGGGGCCUCAACCAGACGGAUAUCAAUAAGAGGUUUGCCGAUAGACGGGCCUACUUCAGCUACGUUGUCGACCAAGUAUUAUACGACGACCACACCCACUCAGACUCCUCUGCCGAUUCUGACAACGGGCCCGAUGACUGCGAGGCUGCAAAUGAUCCGAAUGUCUUUUACUCCUUCGAUGCACCCACAGGCCCUAGCCAGGGGAGUGAUGUCCUCCGCACCGCCCUCGCGAAUGCCGUGAAGAAGUUCGAAACGCAAGAGACGGAGAAGUUGGCUCGCGAAUACGAGUUUGUCGGCAGCGAAGAGCCCUCAAGUAGCCAUGGCGACGGAUACAUGGCUGAUGAUGACGAUUUUGAGUUCAUCAGCCGUGCGGACGUGUAG